UACGUCUUGAAUUGUUGACCAUUCUGGAGUUAUUGACAAUGAUGUCGGACAUGUUUGCUUUUUUGUACAACUUAGCUACAAGUCGGUCCUGUUCUAGAUGUUAUUUAUAAGCGGUGUUUCGUGGCACGACGUACGAUGGAUGACUUGAGUGAAGAAGGAUCUGCAUACAUGGAGUAAAUGAGUUAACAGCCCUUUUUUCUAGGCCAUUUUCUAGAGCACACGAAAUCUGCACCGAUUUAUGGAGGGGUUUGGGUUGAAAAAACAAAUUAGGUCACACAAAUCAAAGUGUGAAUGUACGAUGUCUUUCUCGCCAAGUAUUUACGGAAAUAUAAUAUUCAACGUAGUAUCCGGUGAAUGUCGACAAAACAUGGAUUGAUUAAUCUCAAAACUAAGUAAACAGGGGAACCAACCAUCGUUGAGUGUCUAUAGUCAUUCUACAAUAUUAGAGUUCGCAGAUUGAUGAAAGCCUCUACAGCUGGAUUUUUGAUUUCCUAAAGCAGUGUAGCAAUGAGAAAAGAAACACACAAAAUAACUGUUUUAUCAUUAUAAAUACGAGCUAAAUGUGUAGAGCUUCUAUAGAUAUUUUUUCUAAGAGUGAGGAUGAGUAAACCUUAGCAAGCAAUAUGAAUUUUGAUAUGAAUAGUUCUUUAGACAGUAAUUCCACUUUAACAACUCCGGAUGAGGUAGGAACAUGUCGGAUCUCAAACUGGUUGAUAGCUAAAGCAGAGAACGAUAAACAGCCAUUAAUUUCUGUGAUAUGUGCCAUUGGUGUUCUGCUGCUAACUGGCAUGAUUGGGAAUGGAUUAGUGAUAUAUGUGUAUUCUCGGAAGCCAAAAACAACAACAAACCGUAUUUUUAUUUUAGCUUUAGCAAUUUUAGACUUUUUAAGCUGUACAGUAGUAAUACCUUUUGAGAUCUAUGAUUUGGGACACACGUUUACAUUCACACGGACGAUUUUAUGUAAACUUGCUCGAUUUAGUGAAUUUAUGUUAAUAUUAGGAGCAGGAUUUACAUUAGUGGCGAUUUCAAUAGACCGAUAUGUACAUUUAUGUCGUUAUAAAUCUCGUUUACUUCUAACAGCUAGCCGUGCCAAGAAAGUUUGUGGAUUUUGUGUGUUCCUCGGUUUAUUUUUUGCCGUGCCUCUAUUGAGCUUUGCUGGACUUGAAAAGAUACCAUUGUAUGUCAAUGAAACAAACGUGACAGCGUGUGGUUGUACAACAUUCAAAGACCCGAAUGCAAAAAGCGGGAAAAUAUACACUUAUUUACUGAUGUCUGUUUUUCUAUCAGCUCUUGUUACAAUGUUAGUUUCGUAUUGUUUUAUUGGUGCGACCUUAUAUGGACGGCGUCAAGGAAAAACAAGGAAUGGUUUAACAUUCAUAACUAAUACCGAAGAAACAAAACGUUUGCAUAAAACUAAAGCGUUCCCGGAAAUGAGAAAAAAGGAAAGUUUUGCCAUUGGAAAGUCAUCAUUUAGUUUAAAUGGAUCAACUUUUAUUUUUUUAACAGUGACUGUUGUGUUUGUGAUCGGAUUUGUACCACAUUUAAGUGUACGUGUCUUCCGCUUUCUCCACCUCGCUUUCAAUGACGAUACCUCCAUGGAUUUAUUGUAUAAUUUCUUAGUUCGAUCAUAUUUGAUAAACAGUGUCUGUAAUCCGUUUAUAUAUAGUAUUAUACACAAGAGAUUUAGGGAUGAAUUGAUAAAAACUAUAAAAUCUAUUAUUUGUUGUAAAAGGAAAUCAUCAUUAUCAAAAUCACAAAGGUCAAGAACCAACUCGACAAACAAUGAAACUUCAUUCACAUAAUAAUCUUCUUUAUUCACAUUGAUUCAUAAUUGCAUAAAUAAAUUUGUAUUUUUU